CCUGAAUUACAGUAUCACCCCAACUCAGCAACAAGACCACUCUCAGCACUGACCAAGUUUGUUUGCUCUCUCCACAUAUUUCACAUGCAAGGGUCAGUACUACAGGCAGAAACAUGGGUGUGCCAUGGGUCCCCAGUUUCACCCAUUGUGGCCAACCUGUACAUGAAAGAAUUGGGAAACAGGGCUCUGCCCACCCUUGCCCCCUUGUAGAUCCGCCUCUGACUCAAAGCUACUAGUUCUCAUUGUGGUAUUACUUAUUGUAAAUUUCAGCUUUGGUCACAUAUGUAGAAAGAUUUCACUGUACUGAUUAAUUGAUCUAGAACGCAGACAUUGACAUGUUUAUCUAUAACACUAAACUCAACAAACGGUGAAAUACAAACAGUGACGUCAUUUGUUACGUGUUUUUAUAGUAAUCUCCAAACUGUAACGAACGGCAGGUGUUGUUCCAAAAAGUGAUCGCCUGCCAAAAACUGAUUUCCGGUAUUUGCCAAAACUGAUUGCUCGUAUUUAAACUGCUACAAAUAACUUGUUGCUCUAAAAUAUGUGAAACAUAUGUCAAAUGUAUCCCUCAUGAUAUCAAGUCAUCUUGAGCCACAAACAACAUUCCUGUAAGAAGGUACAAGCCGCAAUCAGUUUUUGGUAGUGACUUUUAUAUAGCCUUUAUUUACGCAGUUAAAAAAUCUCGUUGACAUUAAAAAUGUCUUUUUAAAGAAUAAUCUGGCCAAGAGGACAGCAGAAAUUGCAACAAAUAUAAUAAUAGUUCUGUAAACAUAUUUAAAAUGGAGAAAAAGGACCGGAUUGGUUAUAAUGUAAGUAAAAUAACAUAUAGUUACAAAGAUACUUGAAAAACAGGCAAUUUAUAUAUUUUAUAUAUAACCCAUUUGUAAACCCUGAUUACCGAAGUCCACCGAAUACCAACAUACGUAAAGAUAUUACACACAUAAAAAACACACGGAAACAUAUGAAAUCAGUUUUUGUCAGGCGAUCACUAUGAACUUUGUGCCAUCAGAAACUGAACUUCUGUCCACAGGAUCACUUUUUGACACAACACCGACUUAAUGCGUUUUAUUUGUUGUACUGUCUCUUUAAGAGACCCGGAAAUGAUUUCCUGUGUGUGGUAACUGGUCGUGGGUUCCAGACAGCUUAACCUUCCCCCCGGUAAUGACAUCUCAUCCCGUGAUUUUGGCUUUCCGGAGUAGUGUAAGGUGCUGGCGACACCGGGCUCUCCUCAGAGUGGCUCUGGAGGCCUCGGACGUCCGCUGCAGGCGCCGGUACUCUACACAUAUUCGCGGCGGUGUCUCCGGUAUGGAGGAGAUACUAUCGAGGGUCGUUGCACCUUUACCUUCCUACGAAACGAGGGACAAAUCCCCGCCUCCACCCGAAACUAACAGCCUGGAGUUCAUGUACUUCUACAAAAGUCUCGAUAAGGAAGACAAACUUAGUUUCCUAACGAAGCUAUCACAAGACUUCGGGGUGGACCACAAAAGUGUUUCGGAGCUCGCACUGAAGCUACUGGACACUCAAAUACGGGACUUGGCGACCAUUUUGCUAGCUGAAGACAGACUCCGGUACACCUUGACUCCCCGUUAUAAACAGCUGUUCAGUCAUAUAUGCAGAGUCGAGGGGGGAGUGAAGUUUCUUGUGGAUCUGCGAGCGGAUGUGCUCGAAAUAAUCUCGUCCAAAGCUAGCGACAGCCCGCACAUCAGGGACCUGAAUGGUACGCUGAAGAGCUUGCUGUCUGAGUGGUUCUCUGUAGGUCUGCUGCGACUCGAGAGAAUCACCUGGCAGUCCCCCUGCGAGAUCCUGCAGAAGAUCAGCCAGUAUGAGGCGGUGCAUCCUGUAAGAAACUGGACCGACCUGAAGCGCAGAGUGGGACCGUACCGACGCUGUUAUGCCUUCACCCAUGCUGCCAUGCCGGGAGAGCCCUUGGUUGUACUCCAUGUGGCUCUGACUGAAGACAUCUCUGAUAACAUACAGGGUAUUGUUCGUGAGUUUGCCACCCUGGACUCAGACGAAGACGUGAAUAAGAUCACUUCAGCUAUCUUCUACUCGAUCUCUUCAACACAAGCUGGCCUGCAAGGGGUGGAACUGGGCAAUGUCCUCAUCAAGAGGGUGGUGCGUGAAUUGCAGAGCGAGUUCCCUCACAUGGCCCAGUUCUCCAGCCUGUCACCCAUUCCAGGCUUCUCCACUUGGCUGCAAGGCCUGCUCAGCCAGUGCAGGAAGGAGGGCCGUGCCUUUGAUCUGCUCUCUGAGGAAGAGUGGAAGGAGAUACAACAUGCCACCGAUUCGACCCCGGGGACCCCGACCGUUGACUCCCUUCGCAAGCUCCUCAGCUCUAACGAGUGGAUGCGUUCAGAGAGACUGUGCAGAGUCCUGGAGCCUGUUCUGAUGCGUCUGUGCGCCUGGUACCUGUAUGGGGAGAAGCGCCGCGGCUAUGCUCUCAAUCCAGUGGCUAACUUCCACCUGCAAAAUGGCGCUACAAUGUGGCGGCUCAACUGGCGUGCCGACACCAGCCCCAGGGGUGUGGCCAACUCCUGCGGCAUCAUGGUGAACUAUCGCUACUUCCUGAACGAGACAUCUAAAAACAGUGCGCUUUACCUUCAGAAUAAGGUCAUCACAGCGUCAGAUCAGGUGCUCGGCUUCGUGUCCCAGUUUCAGAAGGUCAGCAAACUGUGAUUAAGCGACGGGGACACGCCCACCUAAUCUGUUGUUCUGCUGUUUCGAUCGAUUAUAUAUUUGCGAGAAUUUCAUCUAAAUCUGUCCUCGAUACUUGGUGUGUUUUACUAAAUGUUCAAAAAUCAGCAGCUCCAGAAGAACCGCUGAGCGGAUGUUAGUCGAUAUUAUGUUUUGAAUUGAAAUUAGAGCAUUUCUCACGUGAUGUAACUCUCCCCAUCUGCUGUUUGCCUCAUUAGAUUUCUGACCAAAGCUGUUUGAUAUUGUGUAAGUGAUUCCCAGGACAGACUGCAGCUAAUGAAGCACGAGGCAUCCAUCAAUGCUGUAGCAUGUUCUUGGAUAAGACUCUGUGUAAAGCGCGAGCAACGAGGGAGCGCAGCUACUGGAAUAAAUGAUGUUUGGAUUCUUUCA